CGUUGUUCGUGUUCACCGUGAAACACGUUCAGCUGUGCAGAAAUAUCGCAUUUCCGUUCACCAUGAGAGUUUCAAUCCAUCUGCUCAGAAUGGGAAGAAGACGAGACAAUUUGGACCAAGAAACGAAAUCAAAUAGAAAGGAAGUAGGAGAAAAAGAAAGAGAUGGAGACGAGGAAGGUGGUGCUGGUUUUGGCUGCGCUGACGACCGUUUCCACCGUCGUCGCUUUAACGCUUUCCGUGCGGAGCUUGAAGCGACAGAGCGAGCGGCGGCGGAGGCAAGCGCAACGGAUUAUCCGGAAAUUCGCUAGGGACUGCGCCACUCCCGUUCACAAGCUUCGUGCUAUUGCUGACGACGUCGUUUCUGAAAUGCAGAACGCCCUGUCUUCUUCCAAUCAGAAAUGCAGCAGCUUACAAAUGCUUCCUUGCGAGGUCGCAUCACUUCCUACUGGGGAGGAGAAAGGAUUACAUUACGGGAUAAAUCUCCGGGGAGACAAUUUUUUAAUUUUGCAAGCAAAACUUGAGGGUAAGAAUGAACCCGUUACAGAAUUGUCCAGACACGAAAUUUCUAUUCCUCAAGAUGUAAUCAAUGGGACUUCAAAGGAUUUAUUUGACUUGAUUGGUCUGGAGCUAGCGAAAUUUAUCACAAUGCGGGGGGAGAGCACAAAGAAUUUGCAAGGAGGACAAAGAAUACUUGGAUUCACCAUAUCACAGCUUCCGGUGGUCGAAUCUUCAGCCUCAAUGGAUGCUGCCAUAAAAUUGAAUUGUUCAUCCAUCGAUGACAUAAUUCAGGCAAAGGAAGUGUAUGUGAAUGAAAUCAAUGAAUGUUUGGAAAAGCAUGGUGUGGAAAUGCGAGUUCUUGCAUUGGUUGAUGACACAAUUGGAGUUUUAGCGGGAGGAAGAUACUACAGUCGAGAAAGUGUGACAGCUGUCACCCUAGGAAUGAGCACCAAUGCGGCUUAUGUAGAAUCAUCUAAUGCAGCAGAAAACUGGCCUGGCAAGCCUCAUCAAUCUAGUGAAAUUGUUGUUGAUAUGCAAUGGGGAAACUUCUAUUCAAGUAAUCUCCCCAUUACAGAGUUUGAUGCUUCUUUAGACACUGAAAGUUCAAAUCCUGGUUGCAGGAGAUUGGAGAAGCUGAUUUCAGGCAUGUAUUUAGGAGAGAUUGUUAGAAGAGUGUUGCUGAAGAUAGCUCAAGAGACAUGUUUAUUUGGUGACCCUGUGCCACCUAAGCUAGCAACUCCAUACCUGUUGAGCUCACCUGAUAUGGCUGCAAUGCAUCAGGACAUGUCGGAGGACUACGAAGUGAUCAAUGAAAAACUGAAAGAGAUUUUUGAGAUAACCGCCUCCACUCCAAUUUCAAGGGAAAUAGUAUCAGACAUAUGUGACAUAGUUGCUCAGCGUGGAGCUCGGCUAGUUGGGGCCGGGAUUAUUGGAAUAUUAAACAAACUGGAGAGACUUAAAAACAGAAUAAGCAUAGUUACCGUAGACGGUGGACUAUAUGAGCAUUAUCGGGUCUUCCGCAGCUAUCUCAACAGCACAGUAUGGGAAUUGCUUGGCGACGAGCUCUCUGACAAUGUAAUACUCGAACACUCUCAUGGCGGUUCUGGUGCGGGGGCUGUUUUCCUAGCCGCUUUGCAUUCCCAACACUCGGAUUCCUCAUAAUGUUCGUUGUUUUCUUCUUCUGCACUUUUAGGCUCUGCUUGGCUGGUAGCCUUUAUGUUAGAUUAUAGUUUAAUGGGAUAAGGGUCAGAUAGGGCCUCGAACUUGAAAAAAAAUGUCAAAUAAGGCCAUAUUUAGGAUGCUCUGUCCGGCCGAUGCCAUUUGGGGCAGUUCCUGGUGGAAUUUUUUGAUGAAUUUUUUUGAG